AUAUAAAUAAAGAGAAAACUGGUGGUCUACUUUGUUUCAAGAAGCUUAGCUUUCAACAAGAGAAAGCAAGAACCUGCGGUGGCGCGUGAACGAGACACACGGCGGGGUUUGCAAUAAUAAUAAACAUCUCCGGUGGCCGUGAAAUGGGUUCUAGAGAGCGAAAGAAAGCAGCAGCAGCAGCACCUAAUUCUUCUCAUCACAACUCUAAAGAAUUUCGUGCUUCCACAAGCUCUACUGCUGUGGUGAAUGUGGAGAGUGUAGAGAGGGGUUUUCUAAUAAAUGUAUUUUUGGAAAGAAAUUCACCAGGAUUGCUAGUUCGGAUUCUAGAAGCCUUUGAGAAAUUAGGACUUGGAGUCCUCGAUGCCGAUAUAUCUUGUUCCGAUUGUUUCCAACUUCAAGCUUUUGGAGAAGAGAAUGAAGGGAGAAAAAUCAUAAAGGCCCAGGUGGUGAAAAAUGCAGUAAAGCAAGCAAUCAAGGAAUGGAGUGAAAGUGAUGGGCAAACAUGAAUUAUAUAUCUAUAUAUAUAAUUACAGUUAUAUUUAUUUUUCUUCUUCUCUUUUUUCUUUUCUCCUAAACAGAACAUCACUUCUGUGUAUAGGGUAACCAAAAUUUUCAACUCUCUUUCAAGUGUAGAAUUUAAAACAUCUUCAACCAAAAACAAAAAAAAAAACAUGAAGUAUUAUUUCUUCCCAAAACCCUAAGAAGAAAUUCAGAAAUUUGUUCUUUUCUUUCCAUUUUGUUUGUUCUAAAAUUAUAUUAUGUGUACUUACAUUUUUAUUUCCUCUUGUCA